GGAGUAGCGUCUGACGUCUACUGUGUAGUCAGCUGCAACCUCAUAGUGUUAUGUAAAUUUGUGUGUGACAUUCUUCAGGUAAUUUAUAAGCGUUUAUAAACAGCAAGCAGGAAUAAGUGAAGAAAUGUGUUUCACUGUAGAACUGAAGCCAUGGACCAGGAGCCAACUAUGUGGAUAAAAAAAGAGGGAACGGAUGAAGUACAAACUGAGUUAUGCUUCAUGGCCCAAGUUUACCCAUGCAGCAUGAAUGUAAAAGAAGAGUUGGAGAAGGGCGUGAAUAAAAAGUCUGUUGAACAUCCAUUGGGAAUAUCUUGGCCCAAUGAUUUUAUCAAGGAGGAUCCUGAAUUAAAUAUAACUGAGAAUACUUCUGUUAAAAAUCCAUUGGGAAUAUCUUGGUCCACUGAUUUUAUCAAGGAGGAUCCUGAAUUUAAUUUGGAAAUGAAUAUAACUGGGAAUAUUGUAAGUAUUUACAUCUCUGAUGUAUUGCUUGUAGUCAAAUAAGUCUUUUGGUAAGUGUGUAGAGUAAAAGUUGCAUUGAAAUGGAAUUGUCACAGAUUGUCAGUUUUCUGAAAUUUUUUGCUGUUCGUAAUUGUAGAAUAUUCUUCUACUCCUGCACUUGACUUUCAUAUCACCUCUUACGUUCUGACAGUUUUAAAUAGAAGGGGACUAGUGGUUGGUAUAAUGCUGUUCUGUUGCCCUUGUUGAUAUCGACUAUAUUGUAUAAUUGUUGUCUGUGAUGGUCCCGAAAUUCACAUUUAGAUGAAGUGUAAGUUCCAAUAGUGUAGGUCAUUUGAGAAAUAUUCCUCCUUUCAAUAACAUCUGAUAAAUAAAAUUCAAAAGAACA